AUGGAUGAGGGAGCUGUAGGGAUGUUGGGGUCGCCGACCGACGCGUCGGCCCUUGAUUCAAGUCAAUCACUAGAAGACACAACCCAAGAAACCCUGCCCUCGCACGAAUCGCCUAAAUCUGUAGAAUUUGAGGACGAAACACUUCAAUUCGAGCAUCACGAGCAACAAGAGGAGCAAGAAGACCCACGUCCACAUACAGAAACAGAAGGGGAAGACAUGCAUGUCGUGGGCAGAGCACUUCAUUCGGCGGCGAAUGAUGUCGCGGCUACAUCUCCCCGCUACGAGCUUGCUCGAGGAAUCGACGAACGCACAUUCGACGGCAACCCUGAGGACCACAACACCAACCACGACCUCUCUGCGGCGCUCUACUCGUCGUCGCCAUCGUCGUUGUCCUCUUCUGCCCCAACCACCACCUCGUCUCAAGGAGGUUGGGGAUGGAGCUCGCUCUCGCGUAGCAUGAACUUCGUGCCAACGCGAUUCUACUCCUCCAACACCACGGGCCACGACCGACCUGAAGACGAGCAGACGGCCCUCGACGCCGAGCAAGCGCUGACGUCCAAGCUCUCCUCCGCCACCCACCUCGUUGUCCUUGCACAUGGCCUUCAUGGCGGUGUUGGCGACCUGGUGCGCGUCGCUGGCGUUCUGACCGCCACCUAUGGAGACACUCUUGCUGUCUUGAUCGCCAAGUCCAACCACGGCUUCCUGGCCACGCACGAAGGCGUCGACGUGGGAGGUGAGCGUCUGGGCAAG